CAAAUUCAGAAGCAAAUGAAUACAUGGCAACGUAGGUUUGGGAAUGAGAAAUGCUGUUGUGUGUUUGAGAAAAUUUGACAUGGCCAACAACAAAAAAAUCGGUUUUCCCCAACUGUGUUGGAUAUUUGCGAUUUUUUAUUCUUUCGUUACUGUUCAUUGCCAAAAAGAUGUUUUGAAAUGGUGUACAACUAAUGUCAAUGAGCAAGAGAAAUGUGAAGAAAUGGCACAUAAUGUAGAUCUUCAGUUUUCACAAUUUGGAAAGCUAGGAAUGGUUGUGAAGUGCAUCAGGGCAUUCAAUAAAGCAGAAUGCAUGCAGUAUUUGGACAAAAGUGAGGCUGAUGUUACCACUCUAGAUCCAGGAAAUGUUUUUGUUGGAGGCCGCUACCAUAGUUUAUUGCCAAUAAUGCAAGAAGUUUACACAAAUAAUCAAGCAUUUUAUUUCUCUGUUGCUGUGGUAAAGAAAUUUUCUUUACCAGAAGUACAAACCAUUACUCAACUAAGAGGAAAGAAAGCCUGUUUUCCUGGUGUUGGUAUCCAUGGAGGUUGGGUCCAACCUAUCUUCACACUGAUGCAACUGAGACAUAUGGACAUUGUUGAUUGUAAUAAUCACGUGAAAUCCGCCAGUGAGUUUUUUGGCCCGUCUUGUGCUGUUGACUCUCUUUCGGAUAUUUACAACCCAUUGGGAGAUAAUUCGGAUCAUCUUUGUCAAUUGUGCGCGAGCAAAGUUCUUGGUCAAAGGUGUACUGCACAUGACCCCUAUGCAGGGUAUCAGGGCGCGUUUAAAUGUUUAGUCGAAGCAGGAGAAGUCGCCUUCCUAAAGCAUACAACUGUAGCAGAAGUGCUCGCCACAGGGCAGUUUGGAACCAUCAAGAUUGACGACUUUGAACUCUUAUGUGUUGAUGGCACACGCCGUUCGAUUCUUGAGUAUCGUGAUUGUAACUGGGGACAAAUUCCUGGUGACGCUGUGGUGACUACUUCAGCAAGAGGCAUCGAAAUGCGUCAAAAAUAUCAGAAGUUUUUAACCAAAUUAGUGGAAAUAUUUGGAUCGCGCACGGCAAAUCCAAGAACGGAAUUUCGUAACACUACAACAUUUAGACCCUUCGAGGAUUUUCCAAGCCGAGAUUUUAAUACCGUUGAUUCUUUUAAUCAACCGACUUCUCCGCGGCCAUUCCAACUUUUCCAAUCUUCUCCUCGCUAUGGAAUGCUGAAUAAUCUAAUGUUUCAGGAUGACAGCGUCAGUCUGAAGGCUAUUCCAGCUGAUCAGCAGACCUAUUCAGGGUUUUUGGGUCGUACACUGGAUUCCAUCUUGGGUGUUAGACAAUGCCCGGUAAAAGCAAUGACUUUGUGUGUCACCUCUCCGGUCGAGUUGACUAAAUGUGUCCGUAUGCGAACGGCGAUGAAAGCUCAACUACUCCAGCCGGAAAUGAACUGCUACAGAGCAGAUACAAACAUCGGUUGCAUGCGGGCCAUUCAAACUGGAGUAGCCGACGUGACUAUGUUGGAUGCUGGUGACAUUUACACAGCAGGAUUAAAUUUUGACAUGAUCUCCAUUCUUUCGGAAGUGUACAAUCUUGGAAAACCCGAAUACUACGUGGUUGCUGUGGCUAAGGCUACUGAUCCGGAAACUGAACUCAUCUAUCUCAAAAACAAAAAUACAUGUCACACAGGUAUUUACCAUGCUGCUGGGUGGAUUAUACCGUUAGCCCAUCUAUUAGCCAACGAAAGGAUUAGAAGUUACGGGUGUGAUUCUGUUCAGUCUGCUGCAUCAUUCUUCACCAAAGCUUGUGUACCUGGUGCAAUGAAUCAAGAAUAUCAACCAACAGGCUUAAGCUUUCCUCAUAUGUGCGACUUGUGCCAUGGCACAAGUUUUCGAUUUUGCCGCCGUGAUCACUCUGAGGACUAUUUUGGCAAUACUGGGGCUUUCCGCUGUUUAGUGGAGGGAGGAGGUCACGUUGCCUUUGUCCGACACGCUACUGUUCUAGAAAACACUGAUGGUAAAAGCCGAGAAUAUUGGUCCCGAAAUCAGCUUUCGCGAGAUUAUGAGCUUCUGUGUCGUGAUGGCCAAAGAGCUCCCGUGUCAGAUUACGCUCGUUGUAAUCUAGGGAAGGUCAAAGCUAAUGCCAUGGUUGCAAGAGGAGGACGAGGCUACAAUAAAACAGAAAUCGAUGCGUUCAUAAACGUUUUUAUGUAUGCGCAACAAUUUUACGGGCUGAAAGGAGAUUAUUUGGAUUUUGCGUUGUUCACGUCUGACCCUCCUUAUAACGACGUAAUUUUUCAAGACGCCACACAGAAACUGCAAAUCGUCCCUCCUAGCCAAAGGCAUUAUCACAAAUAUUUGGGACCUGAGUUCUUGAGAGCCAGACAGUUAGUGGAUUGCCAAGCUGGGGCCCCCACUUUAAAAUCAAGCAUUACUGCAGCAUUCACAAUUUUUAUAUUCGUUUUUAAUCAUAUUAGGUUAUAGAAUCUACCUCUUUUUUUAAAUGACUUUGACUUCAGUGAACAGACACAGUGCCUAAUGUUUUCCGUCCAUUUUCUCACUGCAAUGAAUCUCUGUUUAUGAUGUAGAUCGACUUUUUUUAAAUUGGAAAUACACAUCCAAUUUACGUUU